GCCUAUUAGCAGAGCUGAACACCGAAACGACAGGGCCAGUUCCUUGUUCAAACAAGCUGACUGCCUUCACGCAAGAGGGAGAGAGAGAGAGAGACACACAGAGAGACUGAUAGUAAAAGAGAGAAAGAGAGGGAGAAAGAGAGAAGAGAGGAAAACAGUGCCAGCCUUGUUCCUGUUUCAAACUUCCUCCUGCUCCCGCACAGUCCGUCCGGAGGUUUGGCAGACGAGCUGUAAAAGUGACAAUCCCCCGGAGACAACAGCGGGGACAGACAGACAGACGGACGGACGGACGGAACAGCGCCCAGGGGGCACACCUGAAUGGGCUCAGCACCAUGGGGUCGGAAGAGGCUUACAAUUUUGUCUUCAAAGUGGUUCUGAUUGGAGAGUCGGGAGUGGGGAAGAGCAACUUGCUGUCGCGCUUUACGAAGAACGAGUUCAACCACGACAGCCGCACGACGAUCGGGGUGGAGUUCAGCACGCGCACCGUGCAGCUGGGCACGCUCACCAUCAAGGCGCAGAUCUGGGACACGGCCGGUCUGGAGCGCUACCGCGCCAUCACCUCCGCGUACUACCGGGGCGCGGUGGGGGCGCUGCUGGUGUACGACAUCGCCAAGCACCUGACCUACGAGAGCGUGGAGCGCUGGCUGAAGGAGCUGUACGACCACGCCGACCAGCACAUCGUGGUCAUGCUCGUGGGCAACAAGACUGACCUGGAGUCAGUGAGGACCGUGCCCACUGAAGAGGCCAAAGACUUUGCAGAGAAGAACAACUUGCUGUUCAUGGAGACCUCGGCCUUGGACUCCUCGAACGUGGAGACUGCCUUUCACGAUGUCCUUGCAGCGAUCCACAAGAAGGUGGCCAGUAAAGAGGUGACCCGCGGCUCCAUCAGCGCCGUCACCCUGUCCACCCCAUCCACCCCGGCAGGGUCCGGCCCGGAGGAGAGGAAGCCCUGCUGCAAGAACCUCUGACCGCCCGGGCCGGCUGCGAGUCUGGA